AUGGGUAUGGUUGAAGAGUGGGGAAGAAAGUUUUUUGUGAAGGUUGAAGAUGAAGAAGUGAGACAAACAGAACGUUGUGGAACUGAGAGCACUCGCACAUUGCAAUCGCGAAACCCAAACGAUUCGAUUCUUCGUUUCGUUUCUUCUUCUCCUCGAAGUUCUAAUCGCUUAUUGCACUAUAUGCUUCCUAGAAAGAGACACUGCGAAGGAGUAGUUGUGGAAGAGGCAGCUACUGAUAGUUUUCUUCCGAAGAAGAAGAAUCUGAUUGUUGCGGUCGGAACUGAGGAUUCGGUUGUGAAUAGCGACCGGAGUCUAAGUGGUAGUAGUAAUAACAACAGCAAUAGUGAGACGACUCUUGAACGAGGGACUUACAUCAUGACUUUGGGAGAUGCUAAUUCCACGGAUAUUGAUGAAGAUCUGCAUAGCAGGCAGCUUGCUGUGUAUGGUCGAGAGACCAUGCGUAGGCUCUUUGGUGCUAGGGUUCUUGUGUCUGGGAUGCAGGGUCUUGGCGCUGAGAUUGCGAAGAAUCUCAUUCUUGCUGGUGUCAAGUCUGUUACCUUGCAUGAUGUGAGAACUGUUGAGCUAUGGGAUCUGUCUAGCAAUUUUGUGUUUUCGGAGAAGGAUGUUGGCAAAAAUAGAGCAUUGGCUUCUGUUGGUAAGUUGCAGGAGCUGAACAAUGCAGUGGUUGUGCAAAGCUUGACAUCUGAGCUGACAAAAGAGCAACUUGCUGAUUUCCAAGCUGUUGUUUUUACCGAUGUUAGUCUUGAGAAAGCCAUUGAGUUCAAUGAUUACUGUCACAGCCAUCAACCUCCUAUUGCUUUUAUUAAAACUGAAGUUAGAGGCCUUUUUGGUUCUGUCUUCUGUGACUUUGGGCCUGAGUUUACGGUUUUUGAUGUUGAUGGAGAGGAACCCCAUACUGGCAUAGUUGCAUCUGUCAGUAAUGACAAUCCUGCUCUAGUAUCCUUUGUUGAUGACGAGAGGCUUGAGUUUCAGGAUGGAGAUUUUGUUGUAUUCUCUGAGGUUCAUGGCAUGAAGGAAUUGAAUGACGGAAAGCCAAGGAAGAUUACAAAUGCUAGAGCUUAUUCAUUUAACCUUGAAGAAGACACCACAAAUUAUGGCAGCUAUGAAAAAGGUGGUAUUGUCACACAAGUCAAGCAACAAAAGGCUUUGGAUAAGUUCAUUUCUGAGUUAGGCCACUUCCCUGUUCCUGGAGUAGAGGAUGAUGCUCAAAAGCUUAUAGCCAUUGCUAGUAAUAUGAAUGACAGCUCAGGUGAUGAGAAAAUAGAUGAUAUAAAUCCAAAUCUUUUGCGACAAUUUGCCUUUGGUGCUAGGGCUGUACUGAACCCUAUGGCUGCCAUGUUUGGUGGAAUUGUUGGACAAGAGGUUGUCAAAGCAUGCUCUGGAAAGUUUCAUCCACUUUUUCAAUUUUUCUAUUUUGAUUCUGUGGAAUCACUUCCUUCAGAACCACUGGACUCAGAUGAUUUCAGACCAGUUAAUAGUCGUUAUGAUGCACAAAUUUCAGUCUUUGGACGGAAGUUACAAAAAAAAUUAGAGGACUCUCAAGUGUUUGUUGUUGGCUCUGGUGCUUUGGGGUGUGAAUUUUUGAAAAAUCUUGCUCUUAUGGGAGUUUCUUGUGGAGAUCAGGGAAAGCUAACAAUUACUGAUGAUGAUGUGAUAGAGAAGAGCAAUCUAAGCAGACAGUUCCUCUUUCGCGAUUGGAAUAUUGGACAGGCCAAGUCCACAGUUGCUGCUUCAGCUGCUGCAUCUAUAAAUCCUAGUUUCAAUAUUGAAGCUCUACAAAAUCGUGUCAGUGCUGAAACUGAAAAUGUGUUUCAUGAUACCUUCUGGGAAAACUUGGGUGUUGUGAUAAAUGCGCUGGACAAUGUGAAUGCAAGACUGUACGUUGAUCAGAGAUGCUUGUAUUUCCAAAAGCCUCUUCUUGAGUCUGGGACUCUUGGAGCAAAAUGCAAUACCCAGAUGGUUGUUCCCCAUCUGACAGAAAACUAUGGUGCAUCAAGAGAUCCUCCUGAGAAACAGGCACCAAUGUGUACUGUGCACUCAUUCCCACACAAUAUUGACCAUUGCCUAACAUGGGCACGAUCAGAGUUUGACGGAUUGCUUGAGAAAACUCCAGCAGAAGUAAAUACAUAUUUGUCCAACCCAAGUGAAUAUACUACUGCAAUGAGGAAAGCCGGGGAUGCUCAAGCAAGGGAUAAUUUAGAGCGUGUUCUUGAUUGCCUGGACAGGGAUAAAUGUGAAACUUUUGAAGAUUGUAUUACCUGGGCGCGGCUGAAGUUUGAAGAUUAUUUUGCUAACCGGGUGAAGCAGUUGGCCUUUACUUUUCCUGAAGAUGCUGCAACUAGUACCGGAGCUCCUUUCUGGUCUGCACCAAAAAGAUUUCCUCGUCCACUGCAGUUUUCGACCUCUGAUCUGAGUCAUCUACAUUUUGUGAUGGCUGCUGCUAUUUUACGCUCAGAAACUUUUGGUAUAACAAUCCCUGACUGGGUUAAGAACUCUAGGAAGGUGGCUGAUGCAGUUGAUAGGGUGAUUGUACCUGACUUUCAGCCUAAGGAAGGUGUGAAAGUAGUGACAGACGAGAAAGCCACUAGUCUCUCCGCUGCAUCUGUAGACGAUGCUAAAGUUAUUAAUGAUCUAAUAAUCAAGUUAGAGAGGUGCCGGACAAAUUUGACCCCAACAUUCAGGAUGAAUCCAAUUCAGUUUGAGAAGGAUGAUGAUACAAACUACCAUAUGGAUGUGAUUGCCGGGCUUGCAAAUAUGAGGGCUCGGAAUUAUAGCAUUCCUGAGGUUGACAAGCUUAAAGCCAAAUUUAUUGCUGGACGGAUUAUUCCUGCAAUUGCAACCUCAACUGCCAUGGCCACUGGUCUUGUCUGCUUGGAGCUGUACAAAGUUUUGGAUGGGGGCCACAAAGUUGAAGACUAUAGAAAUACAUUUGCGAACUUAGCAUUGCCUCUCUUUUCGAUGGCCGAGCCAGUCCCACCAAAGGUUAUUAAACAUCAAGAGUUGAGUUGGACAGUUUGGGACAGAUGGACUCUGGGAAACAACCCUACCCUGAGGGAAGUUCUUCAGUGGCUGAAGGCUAAAGGCUUGAAUGCUUAUAGUAUUUCGUGUGGAAAUUGUUUGCUCUACAAUAGCAUGUUCCCAAGGCACAAGGAGCGAAUAGACAAAAAAAUAGUAGAUCUGGGAAGGGAAGUGGCUAAGUUGGAGAUCCCUCCAUACCGUCGUCAUUUGGAUGUGGUUAUUGCAUGUGAGGAUGAGGAUGAUAAUGAUGUUGAUAUCCCUCUAGUAUCCAUUUAUUUCCGUUAG